GUGUUACUUUAUCGCAGACUCCUUCGAUCCACGCCUUGCUAAUUGCGAUCACGAAACAUUGGUCUGGAUAAGAACGGUCGAGCGCACCUUGACUUGAAGACAGGGGAUCCAAGGUGGUUCAUCAUGGCGACGGCAACUUCGCGGCCUGCGGGUUUUACCAACGGCAAUUCUGUACCCUACCAAGAGGUACCAGUAAAUGGCAUAGGACACACUUCGUCGAAGAGACAUCGUCCAAGUUCCGGUGCCAACGGGUUCCCAGUGGGUAACGAGGAAAAACGAGAAUAUGUCCCCGCUACUUCAGUUCCCCCUCAAUACCCUUCCGUCCCGUAUCGAAACGGGUCCGGCUCAGGAUACCGCCGCGACGGACAUCGUUCAUUUUCCGCCAGGACAGGAGAAGUACCUCCUGAAUGGGGGCCAGAAGGAUCGCAAGGGGCCUUCCAGAAUCAAGCUAUGGUCCAAGGUCAGAAACUCGCAAAUGCGCGAACUGAUCCUGCACGACAGGCCCCCGGGCGUCACUUUUCCACGAGUGGUCUAUCCGUGUCUAUACCCCAUACCGAUUCCCCUAACCAAGCGCAAUAUUCAUUGAAACGAUCAGAUACUGUCUCUACUCGAGAAGGGGGCCAGGCGACACCGCUCACUAGAUCGAGUACGACUCGUUCUGCAAAGGGCCAGAAACGUGACUGGGCUCCAGACAGGUCUCCUCUACAACGACUGGAGGUCAAGCUGAACGAUAUCAGCAAGGAGGAAAAGAGGGCAAGAGUCUUGGAAGCAGAACUCCGGCUGAAGGAACGACUGGCGCGACAGGAACAGGAGAAAAAGACAGCCAGUGACCAUAAUCAUACCUCAUCAUCCGAGAGAGUACACUCCCGCCAAGGGUCAACAGCUACACCAGUGGCCACCGGUGAGGCUCCGUCAGCCAUAGGCUCAAGCAGCCAGCACAAGAGGACACCAUCAUACGCCAGGAGUCUGAGCACCUGGGAAUUGGACUCUCCAACAGAGUCGCUGACUGGGUACACGGAGUUACAAUACUCAGCGCGGCCCAGUACCGUAUCACGCUCAGGGGUAUCUUCAAAUGUUCGGCGCGCGGAGGUUCAGCGUACACGCCAGCCCCAAUACUCUUCAGAGAAGGGCCGCAGUUUGGAGCCUGCCAGUAAAAGCCAGAAGUCUCCGAUGCCGUAUCCAGGCCGAGCAGACAGCACCGAAAACGAACGAUUUUCAUGGCAGCCAGAGACGCAUCACCACGCUGCGCCAGAUGAUUCUUACUUUCCUCCUGGCGACACGGGGUCCCAGACGUCCAACAGCAAUAGACUACAAAAGGUCCCACCGCAGAACUACUACCAUCGCGCUACGUACGAUGAACAUCAAGAUGAGAGGCCUACCAUGGAUCGUGGACCCGCGGAGGGGGAUCCCGCACCAAUGGAGUAUACGUUGGCGCCGGAGACGGAUAAUCAACAAGAUCAACAACAACAAGAAGAGCAACUAGUAGAGCAUCACGAUAGUUCUGUCGAGGAAGUCGCGAAACCCAAGCAGAAGAAACAAACUGUGCAAUUCGAUAUGCCGCCUCCUACCCCUCCCCCAUUGUCGGAAUGGAAGCAAGCGCCUGUAGCCAUGCUCUCGGCCGCGGACAUGGAGUUCCAGACCUUCGACGCUGAUAAAGGUAAAGCAUGGUGGGAACGUGGUGGUAAUACAAACCGCAGACGGAGUAGAGCACUUCCCAGUGAUUAUCAAAAGCCUGUGCCGAAGGCCAAUGAAAACAACCGGUUCGACCCUCUUCUCUUUUUGAAGUGUGGACCAUUGCUGCGGUAUACAGGGAUGAGACGAGACAAGAUCGACGGACCCGAGGGUCAGAUUGAUCUGGAGACCUGGAGAGGAAGUGUGAUGAUAGUCACCAAGGAUUCCCUGUCCUCUUAUAACCCGGCUCCUACAUUACGGCUUUUCUCACAGCCAAUGGACCUGCUUCCUCCGCCUCCAGUGGAAAUCAACAGCGAGGAUGGCAUAAAGCUUGCUCCUGAAUACGUUGAUCCCACAGCUGGUCUCACAAAAGUCGGGAGAGAUGGAAGAGUACUGUAUGUCAAGCCUGUCGAGCACAUUGAAGAAGGUGUCGACUUGUCGACUGUUGAGAGUGAAGACGGGCUCUUUGAGGAGACUCGAAGUCCGAUUGACUACGACGGACAGAGUCCGCCAGUUCCUAGCAACAGAAUCCACCCGAUGGACGGAGAGACGACUGGGCGGUACCGAGAAAUCCAAGGUAUCCGACUGUAUGCGGAUUCGGCCCGAGAUGUCACGUUCUGGAGAUUCAGUAUCGAAGUAGAACUCGGUGACAAGCAGCAGCGGAUUGCAUACCGCAUUAACCAGGGUCCUGCCAUUGGGUUCUGGGUUCCUGCAAGGGGCCAGUCGAUGAACGUCAUGUUCCACACUUGCAAUGGCUUCAGUUUAUCUGUGGAUCCGAAUAAAUUCUGCGGGCCAGAUCCUCUCUGGAGAGACGUACUCAAUGAGCAUCAGACGCGACCCUUCCAUGUGAUGAUCGGAGGAGGUGACCAGAUCUACAAUGACAUAGUCAUGCUGGAGACAAAACACUUCCAAGAAUGGACCCACAUCAAGAAUCCUCACGACAAACAUCAUGCACCGUUCAGUCCGGAGAUGAAGGCCGAACUGGAGACAUUCUUCCUGGAACGGUAUUGCAUGUGGUUCUCUCAGGGGCUGUUCAGCCUGGCAAAUUGCCAGAUACCAAUGAUCAACAUCUGGGAUGACCAUGAUAUUAUUGACGGCUUUGGCUCGUAUCCGGACCACUUCAUGAGAACACCGGUUUUCUCUGGCCUUGGAAACGUUGCAUACAAAUACUAUAUGCUCUUCCAACACCAGAGCGUGCCGGAAGAAACCGAGGCGGAUGAACCCAGCUGGAUUCUGGGUGCAGAGCCGGGCCCCUAUAUCAAGGAGAGGAGCCGAAGCGUAUUCAUGUUCCUCGGCAAGGGGACGGCCUUUUUAGGCUUGGAUUGUCGUACUGAACGCAUGAGAGGGGAUAUCCUUAGUGAGCAGACAUACGAUCUUAUUUGGGACCGCUGUCACCGUGAGAUCGUCAAAGGGGAUACAAAACAUCUUAUUGUUCUUUUGGGCGUUCCAAUUGCGUACCCUAGACUGGUCUGGCUCGAGAAUAUAUUAACUAGCCGGGUUAUGGACCCGGUGAAAGCACUGGGGAGAGCAGGAAUGUUUGGCCACUUCGUCAACAAGUUCGACGGCAGCGUCGAGGUCCUGGAUGAUCUCGAUGAUCACUGGACGGCGAAACACCACAAGCUGGAACGUACCUGGUUGGUCGAGGACCUUCAGGACCUUGCUGCUGAGAAGUCCGUCCGGGUCACCAUUCUGAGUGGAGACGUUCAUCUGGGAGCAAUUGGCCAGUUCUACUCGAAUCCGCGACUGAACCUGGCCAAGGACAAGGACUAUCGCUAUAUGCCCAACAUUAUUUCAUCCGCCAUUGUCAACACGCCUCCGCCAGACAUGGUAGCAGACAUGCUGAACAAGCGGAACAAGAUCCAUCACAUGGAUUCUAAUACUGAUGAAUCCAUGAUUCCCAUCUUUACCCACGACGUAGACGACAAGCCGCGGAACAACAAAAGGCUGCUGCCCCGGCGCAACUGGUGCGCCAUCCGCGAAUAUCAACCCGGAUCUACUCCGCCCGCAACUCCUGAACCGGCCACGCCCCCCGCGUCCCCAUCUCCUCCGGGCAAACUGAAGAGAACGCUCUCCUUAACGCGGGGUACCAGCGGGCCCACGGGCUUGAUGCGGCGACUUUCCUCCCGCGGGAGUCGUCCGCCCACGAAAGAAUUCAACCUGGGUAACUCCGGUGGCCGGAGCGCAAGUAUGGAUAUCCCGGAGCGACCUUUCGAGUCGGGCGAUGGCUACUUCUCCCAAGGCCAGAAACCUCGCCCAAGCAAUUUCCAUCGUCGCCCUACGAACUUGAGUGAAAAGGCUCGUAAAGAAGCCUUAGAGGCUGAGGAUGGUGCUGGGGGCUAUGUGAAUCUCGAGGGCGGCCUGGAUAUCACGCUGCACAUGGAGGUCAGCCCCAUGGACCCAGCGGGUAUCACCCGGCCAUACAAGCUGCUGGUGCCCGCUCUGUGGUAUGAAGGCGGCUACGAUCCGCGUCCCACACGGGUCGCCAAGGGAUGGAAGAAAUGGCUGGGCAUUGGUAAGAAGAAAGAGACCAGGUACCUGGACCAUGGAGCUGCCAGCGACACGGAGGAUGGAUACGAUGGGUACUCUGGUAGCGAAGACGACCGCCCGCCAUCACCGGGGGCGCUGCCUAUGAGAACCGGGCGAGCGCAUAGUAUGGAUACUUCUGGAGACGUCACUGAGGAAGAUGACUACAGUGAUGAAGGCGUUGAGGAGACCAACCAGCCGCGGAGGAGGAAGUGGUUUACUCGGGGUUGAGGUGGCAUGUUGGGGAAAUGGUGGUGAUGGUGGUGGUGGUGGUGGCCGGAUGUGAGGACGAUUCAUGACUAAUAAUAUACCCUAAUGCUUGUAGUUAUGUACCUAGGUUUUGGCAACGACUGAUAAACGACUGAUGAUCUUCGAUUUAUGGACUGUUGUAAGGAUCUACUUUGAAUACUUGGGAUGGCGUACCUGGUGAUUACAUCAUGACCUCUCUCUGUCGUACUGUGGCUGGAGUUCUAAGGGCUUCGGAUCUAGACCGUGAAAUGAUCUAACCAGCGAGUAAGCGUAGAACAUCACAUAUAAGAAUUCUAAUGAUGAUGAUCAUAACGAUAUUCUCUGCUCUCCGGCGCUUUCUCGGCGAGACUUCUGCAAAUCCCGUGAAGGUUCGAGGCCGAUCUCGCUUUCUAAGCAGGCGCAC